CAGGGCCUGUCCUCUCUCCAGGAACUUCGUACUAAAAAGGUGCUGAAGAACUGAGCCCCCUGCCCACCCAAGGCUGCCCGCCAGGUGGGGCCAUGGCAGGGCAUGGCUGUCUGGGGCUAGGGCUGUUCUGCUGGGUUCUGCUUGCUGUUCCUGUGGGCCCCCAGCCAGCCUCCUCCAGCCCAGGUGCCCCCCUCACCACUCUGACCCCACCGCCGCACAGUGAGGCCUCUAUGCUGUCUCUCAACCUCGGACUCAACUUCAAAUUCCAUCUGCGUGGGCCUGCUGCUGUCUGGGGGAGCCCUGUCACAGAGACACGGCCUCUGUCUCCAGGGCCAGGCCAACAGCCAGGUGAAGAGGUGGCCAAUGGGCUGAGGACUGACCCUCUUUGGGAGCUGCUGGUGGGGUCUCCUGGGAACUCUCCCCCAGAAUGGGGCUCUGCUGAAGGCAGCUCUACUCCCUGGGCCUCUUCCCUGCCUCCGGAGUCCACCUCUCCCCUCUCUGGGCCUACCGACCGGCCCACGGUUCCCUAUCAGCACACAACCUGGGACACUGCUCUGACGGCUACAGCCCCUCCAUCCACUGUCCCCAAGCCUCACCAGAGUGAGCUGGAGCUGAAGUUUGACAUGGCGCUGAAAGCAGGCGCAGCUCCCACGCUCGAGCAUCGGACACUGCCCCUGCUGCCCAGCUUGCGGGCCAGCCUGGCAGAGAUUGCUGGGCGCCUGGGACCCUUUGGGUUCUUUGGUACUACUCUCUCUCCACUCCGGAACUUCUCAGGCCAGAGCCCCUUAGGAGUGACCACACCUCCCAGUUCUGCCCCCAGAGUUUCAGCUUCACCAGGAUUCUUUGGCACCACUCUGUCCCCGUCCCCACCCAUCCUGGAGAGGAAAUUCUCAAGCUCAAGCCCACUGGACCCAGCUGCUACCCUAAGCUCUGCCUUGAUUGCAACAACAUCACUAGACCCUACCAUCCCCAGCUCUGGCCCGGAUGACUCCUCUCCAGCCAGCCUCGGGAACCCUUCCGUACAGCCCGAGUGUGGGCCGCAGCCCUGCGGCAUGGGAGACUCGCCAGAUCCUGAAGGGCAGCCUUCUGCAGCUGCACUGCCCCUCUUCUUCCUGACCCUGGAAGCCGACUGGGCAGAGGCCAGGGCUCGCUGGGGCCUGGCCUGGGAAGCCCAUGUAUAUGGGCGAUUGCACCGUGGACUUCCGCCCUCCAUCCCCAAUCAACCUGCGGCGCAGCAUCGAGGAGGCCCUCGGCAGCGAGGCCCUGCUCUCACCAAGCCUUUUCCAAGGCCCUGCCUUCGGGGACACCCUACCUGGACUCGGCCUCUACCGUACAGCCUCGCUGGGGACGAAGACCCAGGUCGGGCCCAGUGGGAGGUCAGAGGCAGCCCCUGGAUCCCCGCUGCCCCCAGAACUGCCCUCCCCGGGGGCCUGGCCCGCCGGCAGCAGCGCCUCAUCUGGCUCGUUGUGCGGACUCUCACGGGACAGCUCAUCCAUGCUGCUAUGCUCUAGCCCCGACAGGCCCCCGCGCUGUCCGCUGGUCUGUGUCCUUAGUCCCCCGAGGCCCUCAGGAAGCAGCC